GAAUGAAAAGGGACUAGUUGUUGCUGUAGAUGCUGGAUGGCAAAAACGGGGAAGUGGAAAGACAUAUGAUAGUUUGUCAGGUCAUUGUUCCAUGGUUGGCCCUCUCUCUGGCAAAGUAUUGUCAUAUUCUGUGAGGUCAAAGAAUUGCAGAGUAUGCAGUGUAGCUGAAACAACCAACAAGAAUCCAGCAGCCCAUGAGUGCUCAAAGAACUGGGAGGGAAGUUCAAAGGCCAUGGAGGCAGAUAUGGUUAUUGAGAUGGUAGAAGAUUUACAGAAAAGUAAAGGAAUAACCAUUGACGGAAUCAUAGGAGAUGAGGAUACCACCACAAUAGCAAGAUUAAAAACUAAUGUCAAUGCUAAUAUCAAGAAGUUGUCUGAUAAAAAUCAUCUGAAGAAACUGUUUACAAACUCUUUGUUUACCUUGAAGAAAGAACAUUCAUCUCUAACUUUGUCUGUUAUAAAGUAUAUUCAAAAGUGCUUCAGUUACUCCAUAGCACAGGGAAAAGGAAAUGCUCUUCAAAUCCAAGAAGACCUCUCAUCAAUACCAUACCACAUCUUUGGAGAUCACGAACACUGCUCCGCACGGUGGUGCAAGUUCAUCGACAACCCUAACCUGCGCUACAAGUCUCUUCCACAUGGAAAACCGCUCAAAGAUAGGUUCCUUCAGGAUGAUCUCAAAGAAGUUUUCAGUUCAUAUGCGAGUCAUUCUGAUCGUCUUUCAUGUUUAGGAAGCACGCAAUCAAAUGAGAGUUUUAACAGAAUGGUGUCUGCAAAAGCCCCAAAGACCCAUCAUUACAGCUCCUCUUCAAGCCUCAGAUAUAGAGUUGCUGCGUGUGUAGCUCAGAAAAAUGAAGGUCACAGAUAUCUGAUAAAGGUGAACAAGAAAUUAGGCCUCUCUCCUGGCUACUAUACUCGAAGACAGUGCAUUCUGAGGGAUCUCCAAAGAAAACGACAGAAGGCCAUUUCAAUGACACAGAAAUUUAAAAGGAGAAGGAGAGAAUUGAAAGCCAAGAGAAUUCAAAGUCUUUCUACAAAAGAGACAAGGGAAGGCGUCAGUUAUUUGACAGGAUGUGAUCUCCACCAUGCCUCGGACAUUGAUGAAAUUCCAGCUCCAAAAACAAUUCCAAAGUAUGAUCAUCUUCCUUCAAGUCAGUUGUUAAAUGCUGAAGAGAUCUAUUUCGACUUGGAAACUACUGGACUCGCAAGGGAUUCUCAUAUUGUGCAGUUAUCUGCAGUUAGAAAUGAUGAGGUAUUCAACAAGUACAUCAUUCCAAAAAAACCAAUGACAUCAAAAGCUACAGAAAUAACUGGAAUACAAGUAGUCAACAAUAAAAUGUACCACAAUCAUGAGGAAGUUGAGACAGUCAGCAUUAAAGAUGCUCUGAUCCAGUUUAUGGACUUCAUGAAGAUGUCGGGUCCAGAUGUUGUUCUAGUUGGGCAUAACUCUAAAGUGUUUGACCUUCCUGUGCUCUUCAACAUUUUGAGUAAACUAAACAUUUUGGAGACAUUUUCAUCUGCAGUCACUGGCUUCAUUGAUACAAUUCCUCUUUUCAAAAUGUCACAUCCAAACCUUUCGUCAUACUCGCAGUUACACCUCUUUGCAGAAAUUCUACAAGACAAAUACAGUGCGCAUGACUCAUUACAGGAUGUCAUAGCCUUGAAGAGAUUGGUCGAUCAUACAGGACCCUCCCAUGAAGUCAAAGUUGCUGCAUCCUUCACCUUGAACUCUGCCGUUGCCGUUUUUCAUCACAAGAACACAACAAAGCAUCUAAUGAGUACACUAAGGCCUUUAUUGGACCAAAAGGUAAUUUCGAAUGGAAUGGGAAAUAAGAUUGCCGGCAGUGGACUCUCCUUAUCCCACUUACAACUUGCAUAUCAGAGAAAUGGUAGGGAGGGAGUGCAGGAUGUGCUGUCAGAGAUAGCUGAUAAUAGUGUGCGUGUGACAAAAUCUAAAAAAAUCAUUGAUUCUGUUGCAGAUUAUUUCAGAUCUGAGCAGUAAUGCAGUUAUUUGUUUGUGAA